GUCUAGCUUUGUCUCCAGCAGAGGCAAAGAUGCUUUCAAUUGAUGUCUCUCGAGCGACGCCUCCGGGAGAUAUCGCCCGCGCACUGGCUCUGGCAGCCUACUGGCGAUCGCUGGAUUCGUGUGCGCAGACCCCAUUCGCGAAAGAAGCCAGGAAGCAGAACGCGAUGCAAGGCUUUGCAGGUCAGCUCGGCUCUGCAUUUUCUGGUUUGACAAGUGGCGGAAAAGAAGAUGAUAUCACUGUUGCAGCCGCGUGGGUCGUCUCUGAAACGGAUGCCCGCUUCGAGCACGCGUACGAGCUAAGGUACGGAGGUGUCGCCCCGCAUCAGGCAUUCCAGGCAAAGACGGGGUCGGAGUGUCUGUUCCCUGGGUUUAUUGGUGCUAAGGAAUGGCGCAAGACAGAGGUCUUCUUGGAACAGGUGACGUCACAGGUAGACACUCUGCCACGUGGUGUCACACCAAGGAAGCAACAGGACACCACGAUAACGGGAGGGAAGAAAUUGCGUCGUCUCACUGGAUCGAUCAUGGACCUCGUGUGUGCGGUCGCGACGCCAAAGGAGGUGGUUUCGGUUAUCGCGCAUUUUCCGGUCUGGAUUCGAGCGACGGUCCUGCACGGUCUCCGAGUCGUCUUCCCACCCUCGCGUGUGCUCCCAGCACAGCACAAAAUCGCAGGUGGCACCUCUG